ACUGACAAACUGAUAGUUUGAUUAGGGAAAUGGUUGUAAAGCAAAGAUGGCAGUGAAAGGUCGUACACGAAUUUUUCUCCUAUUAAUUUUCGGUAUUUUCCUGUUAAAUUCGUGUAACGGAGCUGCGACAGACAUUGAAUUAGACGCAAAAGCACAGUUAUUACAUAGACUUGAUAGUUUAAAUCUUUUGUUAUAUACAUUUUUACUGAUAUUAACUGUUUUGACAAUAUGGACAUUUAAGCAUCGUCGACUUAGGUUCCUCCAUGAAACUGGUUUAGCUGUCAUUUAUGGUUUAAUUAUAGGAGCUAUAAUUCGUUAUGGCUUUACAACAAGUAGUACCAUUCUCCACAUGCCUGUUGUACCAGACAACAGUAGUAAAUACAAUCAAUCAGUUCCUCCAGAUACGUUAUGGUUACGUUUUCCAGAAGAUAAAGGAGGUGGCGUUAUUAAGAAUAAAACAUUUGCUUAUUCAUUCAGAGGAGAAAUUUAUAAGCAGGAUAAUGAAAUUGAUUUGAAGGCUACUUUUGAUCCCGAGAUAUUUUUUAAUAUCAUUUUACCACCAAUAAUUUUUCAUGCUGGCUAUAGUUUAAAACGUAAAUACUUCUUUAGAAAUUUAGGAGCAAUUCUUAUGUAUGCUUUAAUCGGAACAUCUAUAUCAGCAUUUGUUAUUGGAGCUUUGAUGUAUGCCUUUGUACAAUUAAUACCGCAUCUUUCUGCUUCAUUUACAUUUUUGGAUACUUUAUAUUUUGGUGCAUUAAUAUCUCCUACGGAUCCACUGACAAUAAUUUCGAUUUUUAAUGAUUUACACGUAGACGUGAACUUAUAUGCUUUAGUAUUUGGAGAAAGUGUGUUAAAUGAUGCAGUUGCAAUUGUACUUAGUGGUGCUAUACAGAAUUAUGGAGAACGUUAUCAAUCAGGUUCAGGUGGUUUUGAAACUGUAGCAUUUUUCCAAGCAUUUGGCGAUUUUGUUGGAAUAUUUAGUUUAUCUUUAUUUAUCGGUGCUACAAUGGGAUGUAUCACCGCAUUAUUAACUAAGUUCACUAGGGUCAGAGAUUUUCCUCUUCUAGAAUCAGCAUUAUUUGUUUUAAUGUCUUACAGUACAUUCUUAAUUGCUGAAGCAUCCGAUCUGACAGGUGUAGUUGCUGUGUUGUUUUGUGGAAUUUGUCAAGCACAUUAUACGUACAAUAACUUAAGUCCAGAUUCUCGUCAACGAACGAAACAGCUGUUCGAACUUUUGAACUUUUUAGCUGAAAAUUUUAUAUUCAGUUAUAUUGGUGUUUCAAUGUUUACUUUCCCAAAGCAUCAUUUUGAUCCAGGAUUCAUUUUUGCUGGAUUUCUCUGUGCGUUAUUGGGUCGCGCAGCUAAUGUAUAUCCGUUAUCUUUUAUAUUAAAUUUGGCGCGAAAACCGAAGAUAUCGUUAAAUUAUCAGCACAUGUUAUUUUUCGCUGGCUUACGAGGAGCUAUGAGUUUCGCUUUGGCUAUCAGAAAUACUGUGUCCGAUGCACGACAAGCUAUGUUAACCACGACAAGUUUAAUUGUUAUUUUAACAGUUAUCUUUCAAGGUGGAGCAACGACACAGUUUUUAAGUUGGUUUAAUAUACCAGUUGGCGUUGACGAGGAAAUAGAAGGAUUAUCGCAUAAUGGAAUGCGUAGUUCUGGUGGCGAAGGUGGCUUUGGAGAUCUGGACAUGCAUAGGGAAAGAAGUCCUCCGUAUAAUUCUAUGCAGGAUGGAUCAGUACCAGGCGGUGGAAUAAAACCUAAUGAAAAAGCAUUACUUGCCAGAAUCUGGGGUGAUUUUGAUACUCGCUACAUGAAACCAUUUUUGACCCACUCCAGGCCUACAUUGUUGGAAACAUUACCAGUUUGUUGUGGUCCUUUAGCUAGGAUUCUUACAACGACACAGCAAAUGACACAGGAUGAAGCAGUUAGAAAAGCAGAUUCAGAUUCAGAUUUUUGUCUCGAAGAUCGUGAACUAGAGCGACGAAGGACUAGUGUUCAACCGCUGGGAACUGUGAUGGGAGAAGUUAGUCCGGGACCACUACCAUUGCACACACGCGUCGCCUUGCCAGGUUUGGUCGGCAGACAUUUAUAAAGACUAAUUGACAUUGGUAAAUAAACUUAUUACUUUUUAAAUGUGUAAUAUUCUAUGUGCAACUAAUAAAUGUAUUUAUUUGAAAAGCUUACUGCCUGUGCAAACUAUUAUAUCUAGUAGGUAAUAUUAUCCAUUAGAAAUCAAAUUUGAAAGGAUAUUUCUAAUCAUAAAUUCUUUCAUUUAAUCAUUUAUAUAAAUUGAUUUUUAGAUGUGUUUAAUAUUAAAAUUAAAACGAAUAAACAUGUUUUUGUAGUCACUGUAGCUGCAUUAUUAUCCCUUGAUUGUGAAUAUGAAAUUAAAUAAUUGCUAAAAUUUGUAAGUAAUCAACAUGUAUGUACAUGUAUGUUUAUUAUUUAACAACAUAUAUUACAUUUAUUGGUUGUACUCCAUUUAAUAACAUUCAUUAUACAAAAAACGCUUAUUGGUAAAUGUUAAAUAUAAUUUUUAAGCAUAUAAUUUAUAUAUAUAUAUAUACAUAUAUAAUUUACUACUCAAUGAAGGUCCUGGUUUAGCAUGAAUAAAAUAUGGUAAUCUGACAUCAAGCUACAUUUGGUACACACUGUACAUUCGAAUAUAAUAAUUCACAAGAACAGUAAAAUCUAAUAAAAGUAAAGUAACAGCUUAUUACAUGUCCUCAGAAACAUUAUAUUUGUACACAAGAUGUACUUACUUGUACCAUCAUUGAAAACAAUAAAUUGGUGUCCUUUGUUUUUAAUAUAUUUGGAUGUAUUUGUAACAGUUUGAAACAAAAUCGUUAAUACAAUUGAUCAUAGAACUUAAUUUGUUCAGUGAAUUGAUUUUGCUGAUGUAUACAAUCAUAUUUACAUUCAAGGUGCAGGACACUUUAUGUACCAUUUAUAAAAACAUACGUUUUAUACUAUAAUUUGUAAUCAUGUGUGGAUUCUAAGAAUCAAAGAACAAUAAAUUACAAUAAAAAUUAAACUUAUCAGGGCAAAAUAAUUUAAUUGAAAAAUUUAAAUACGCCUCAAUCAAGAUUAGUGCCAAAGUUUACUUAAAACAUUACAAAAAUGUAACAUGAAAGUUGCUGUAAAAGAAGGUUUAACAUGUUUUAAAUGUAUGAUAUUGUUUGAAAGAAACAUAAAAAAUGCAUAUUAUAAGCUGUGUCAGUAUAAGAAUUAAAUAAAAUGACUCAUUAAA